AAUGAUCGUGUUGCAAUUGGGCGCCCGGCCCUAGGCGCCGCCUCUCCGCCCCUCGCGGGGAAACAGGCGGCACAGGAGGCGGUCCCCGGCAGAGACGGCUGGGAAAUGAGCUCACCGAGCCGACGGGCCAUCGCGAAGCGGAGAGCUCCGUUGUCGCCGCGCUUGCAAGUGCUUCCUUGUUUGUUCGCGCUCUCCUGCGACGGGGAAGGCUCCGUGGGCCAUGGUGUGUUGGCGGCGGGCUGCCGUGGUUUGGCUGUGCUGCUGCCUCUGUUUGCUCUGGCUGGGCGCCCAGGCAGCCGCCGGGCAGGCGAGGCCUUGGGAGCGCGGAGGAGGCGCUGCCGGCUCAGCUCUGCUGGGGAACCGUCGCUUCGAGGGGUUGCAGAAGCACCUGGGCACGGUGAGCGCCCUUUCCAGGCGGUACUGGCGGCUCCUGGCCUGCCGGUUGUGGCAAGAGGAGUGUGACGGGUCGGAGGAGGAAGAGGAGGAGGGCGAUGAAGAAGAGGGCGUGGUGGCGAUAGAGGAAGAGGAAGGCAAGGGCAAGACCGACCUGGGAAAGCAAGGGUGGCAUAUGCCCAUGGUGAGUGAGAUCCUCUCCAGCUGGUACUGCAGCUUUGGCAAAUGUUGUGUGACAGGAGACUGCAGGGUGACCAACAACAUCACAGGACUGGAGCAGGAUCUUAACAGGCGGCUUCAUGGACAACACUUGGCAAAAGAUGUUGUUCUGAAAGCAGUUCAAGGCUUCUUGGAGACCCCCCAGCCAGAAAAGGCACUGGCCCUUUCCUUCCAUGGCUGGUCUGGUACUGGCAAGAACUUUGUGGCCCGGAUAAUAGCAGAACACCUUUACCAAGAUGGCCUCAAGAGUGAAUGCGUCAAAGUCUUCAUCUCGCUCUUCCACUUCCCCCAUCCAAAAUACGUAGACUUGUACAAGGCCCAACUAGCAAAGCAGAUCAGCGAGACAGUGCAGUUAUGUCAUCAGUCGCUGUUCAUCUUUGAUGAGGUGGAGAAACUUCAUGAUGGCCUCCUUGAUGCCAUCAAACCCUACAUGGAUCACUACGACAGUGUUGAUACAGUGGAUUAUCGGCGGUCCAUCUUUUUGUUCCUGAGUAACACGGGUGGCAACAUCAUCAACGAAGUGGCCUUAGACUUUUGGCGGUCUGGUCAUGCCCGAGAGGAAAUCACCCUGGAGUACUUGGAACGCUACCUGAGGACGGAGCUUCUGGACUCAACAGAUGAGGGUUCUGCCCACAACAGCCUUCUGGAAGAGAACCUCAUUGACUUCCUGGUACCUUUCCUACCCCUGGAGUUUCGCCAUGUGAAGCUGUGUGCUCGGGAUGCCUUCCUGGCCCGAGGCCUUCAGGUCACUGAAGAGGCACUGGACGAGGUUGCAGGGAUGAUGGUGUUUGUCCCCAAAGAGGAGAAGCUCUUCUCCGCUCAAGGUUGCAAAUCGGUCUCCCAGCGCAUAAACUACUUCCUGCCCUGAUAAUGUCUGGGUUUGACUGCUGCAGUGCAACCAGUUCCACUUCUUCUUGCACAACGGGUAGCUAACAUGCAUUGCGCUGUGUCUGGAUAUUAGAUCCCCCAAUGAUGGGGGCCUGCCAGGCUGGAAGAAACCAAUUCGAGUGGCUGUCUGUUACAAGAUGCUACUGAUGAACUUUCAUCAGGGAAAAAAGUGGUUUUCAACAAAUAGACAACCACGUAGCUGGAAUCUACAUAAACGGCGCUAUUAAAGAAACGGGGACAGGUACGUCAUUGAAAGAUCACAGACUUGUUACGGUGGGCCAUCCCUUCUCAAUUGCUGCACAAGGGGUGCAGGUUGGUCUUGAAGGAAAAACUCUUAAGAGGAACAAGAUUUGGCUAGAACGUCGUCGUUUUUUGGAUGACUUUAUCCGAAGACUGAAAUAGUUUCCUGUCUGCUGUUUCAGAAACUAGGUGGGACUAGAAUAUUUGCUAGCAAUGCCACAGGCAUUGUAUGGUGGCCAUCAGCUAAGACUAAGGUGGCCUGUUCCCUUUUGAUGACUUGAUACUCAUUUUUUAAAAUAGGAUUCACUUUCUUAAUCUGAUGUUAGGGCUUUGUGGGGGAGGUGUUUUGCAAUCAAGUCCAGGGAAGUUGUGGCGAUUUGCUUAUAUGAGCACAUGCUGCUGCCGCCGCCUUAUGCCGUCAGAUGAUUGAUCUAUCAAGGUCAGUAUUGUCUACUAUGACUGGUGGCAGCUCUCCAGGGUCUCAGGUAUCACCUACUCCAUAAUGCUUUUCUCUGGAGAUGCCAGAGACUGAACAUGGUAGAGCAUCUGCUCUACCACUGAGCCAUGCCCUCUCCCACUGUCCUUUCCAGCGUACAUAAAUGCCAUAAGGAACUCACACAGACAGUGGAUUUAAAAUUGGAGUGCCAUGCUAAUGUGGUCACAAUACGUACAAGCAAUUGGUGUCCAAAGUCAAAAUUGCAUGCCCUGGUACAACGAUGCAUUUCCAACCCAGCACUGUGCUUGGCCAUGAAUGUUGAGCAAUAAGCAUACAAUUACUACAAUAAAGCAAACUCUGUUUA